AUGAAUAAUUCACCAAGGAAUGGAACGUCACCUCAGGGGAGAAGGGGCUCGACGAUCAACAACUUGCUGAAUUCGAUGGGGAUCCGGCCAGGUUCUGGUACCGCAUCGAUGCCUGCAAGCGCGUCGAGUACUGCUGCACAAUCGAAUGGUCCGCCAGCCACGGGAACAAGUUCGACCAAUGACAUUAUGAACUCACAUCCGCUUGAUAUGCUGAGCUCGGACGACGACGAAGAUCACCAUAUGGGGCGCGAUGACGCCGGCGCGUCGGGCGCGGUGAACAUGUUAGGGACCACGCCGUUUGACCAACUGCAGCUCAACUCCACUGCACCUGGUCUGGGCACCAGCGUUGCUGACGAGUUGCCUAUUACUCUCACGCUGGGCGCGGGUGACAACGCGGGUUUGGGUCAGGCCCCCUCCAACACAAGCGACACUCAGUUGGCCAUGAAGUCAGUACGCCACUUUGUGUACGGCAGUACACAUCCGGAAAGUGCGUUUGAAUUACUCAAUUUAGAACCACCGAGGAACGGACCGUUCCCAGACCCCGUGGAUGAAGAAGGUAUACGAAGCCGCAAAGAUAAAAAUGGUUUGUUUAGUUUGCGGCUCACACCAUACUUGGACCAAUCUGCAGCAACGAACCCUGGUUUGUAUUUUGAACCCAUAGUCAGAACUGCCGGUCCAUGCUCACAGCUUGUCAUUGGUAGGUACACAGAACGCGUACGUGAAUCUAUUAGUCGCAUUCCAGAGCAGUUCCACCCGGUCGUGUUCAAGAGUAAGGUCGUUUCGAGAACACAUGGCUGUUUUAAGGUAGACUCACAAGGAAAUUGGUACAUCCGUGAUGUUAAGUCAUCCUCGGGUACCUUUUUGAAUCAUCACCGUCUCGCACCUGCAUCGACUAUGUCUAAAGAUACCCUACUGAAAGAUGGUGAUGUCAUACAACUGGGCUUGGAUUUUCGUGGUGGUACUGAAGAGAUAUACCGCAGUGUCAAAAUGAGAAUAGAGCUCAAUAAGUCUUGGAAGAGGCGCGCAAUGAGGUUCAAUCGCGAAGCUUUGCAACGCUUGAAAGAGUUGCAGAAGAUGACGACAGGACUUGAUACCGAAGAUUGUUCUAUUUGUUUAUCAAAGAUAAAACCUUGUCAAGCUAUAUUCAUAUCGCCCUGUUCCCAUAGUUGGCAUUAUCAGUGCGUUCGUCGACUAGUGAUGACCACAUAUCCUCAAUUUGUGUGUCCCAACUGUAGAUCUAGUUGUGAUUUGGAAGCAUCAUUGGAUAGUGAUUUCGAUAGUGAUGACAAUGAAUAUGAUGAUAUGGUUGAUGACGAAGUGAAGGACAUGGAAAUGCCCUGA